GGAGGGAGUGGGUGAAGGUGAACGACAAAAAUAACGACAGAGAAAGAGGGAGGGAGAGAGAGCGCGACUAAGUGGGAGAGGAAAACAAGGGACAUCAACAUCUAUACUACUCUCAUGUUGUUGGAUAUUAUUUGACGAAGGCUUUUUCCCCCUUAUCACCCCCCACCCCCUCCACCCCCAAACAUACACUUCUUUUCAACUUUCUCUAUUAUUGGAUUUCUUUGAGUUUUGAGAAUUUACGUAGGACUACACAUCCAAUGCUGUCCGUUAUAUUAUAGGCAUUUCUCCAAAAUCCAUUUCAAUUAUCAUUUUUCGCGGAAUAUUUUUGUUCAGGUCAAGAAGAAAAUCAACUCCGUGCGAUGCCUAUUAUCCUCAAAUAAACGGACAUCAUCAAAGCAAGGUAUUUUUUAAUCUGAGCGCUGUCCAACUUUGUUUAUCUAAAAAAAUAGAGGCUGGGAUAAGAGAUUUAUUAAAGGGCCCAUUGCAUCUGGCAAGAUUAUUGAAUCGAACACUUAUUUGACCAUGGACAUUUCUUUGAGGACAUCAUUUUCACUUUUGAUUUCUUCAUGGACAUUUGGAAGCGCAAUAGUUUAUUGUUGAUGUCAAGUUAUAUUUGAUAUGUCGAAUGUCACUAUUAUUCUCUAGCACGUUCUUAAUUCAUAUUUAGAUAAACUCAUUCGGUGUUCGAAUGAGGUAAAUAACAGUUGGUGUAGCAGUGUGUAUCCAGCCGUCCACCUUUUUAAUCGUCACGUCACUGUGUUGUGAACCCGCUGACGGCCAGUCAAUCGUUUGUGGAUUAAUCGGAUAAAUUCCGCGUUCAUUCCACGGUGGGAAUCAACGGCGUACCAAUGUCUAGGCCGCUCACGCAGCUCCUACCGCCUGACCUCCCGGCCGGAGCGAGCCCACAGUUCAGUACGGGUAACCUCGCGGGCAGUGUCCCGACCGGCGGACACUUGAACUCCAUGGCCAGCCUCAAGACUCUCCUACAACUGCCCAUCAAGGCUGACCAGCGAGCGAAAGACUGCUGUGCAAUGAAAGACAAAGACAAGCCCCGGGACUCGGACACCAUGGGUGGGGGCCCAGGUGGUCGGCCUUCCCAGUCGGCUUUCCUGGGGCCCCAUCUGUGGGAGCGCACGCUACCCUGCAGCGACGGGGGCCUCUUCCAGCUGCAGUACAUGGACCUGGAAGAGUUCCUGACUGAGAACGGCAUGGCCAUGCACAGCAAAGGUGGCAAUGGCUCCAGCGCCAGCGCCCAGGUGCCCUCUCAGAGCUCCCUGCAGUCGGCCGUGCCCAACCAGAGCUCCCAGUGCCCGCCGUCCUCCCCUCCGCUAUGUUCUUCUUCAUCAUCCUCCAUGUCCUCCUCAUCUUCCUCCUCCUCACUGCUGGGCCUGGACAACGGGCCGCCACCACCAAACGGACUGCCAGACAUGAUGGGAGGGCCCGAGUGCCUACGUGGUGGCCAGGUCAUGCCUCCAGACCUCUCGCCCUCCUCCACCACCUCCUCCUCCUGCCUCCCCGGGCCACCAGGAGGCUCACUGGUCGCCAACGGCACCGCUGACAUCAUGGUGAACUUUGAUCCGGACCCAGCGGACGUGGCGCUGUCCAGCGUGCCGGGCCAGGAGGCCUUCGACCCCCGGAGGCACCGCUUCUCGGACGAGGAGCUCAAGCCGCAGCCCAUGAUCAAGAAAGCCCGCAAGAUGCUGGUCCCAGAUGAGCAGAAGGACGACAAGUACUGGAGCCGGCGCUACAAGAACAACGAGGCGGCCAAGCGCUCACGUGACGCCCGGCGCCUCAAGGAGAACCAGAUCACGGUGCGCGCCGCCUUCCUGGAGCGAGAGAACGCUGCUCUCAGACAGGAAAUGGCCGACAUGCACAAGGAGCUGGGCCGCUGCCGCAACAUCCUCAACAAGUUCGAGAGCCGACACGGAGACUUGUGAGGAAGAAGAAGAAGACGAGGGGAAGGGCGGAGGAGGGAGAGGGUUAGAAGGCAGCCACAACAUUGGCAGCACUUUAGUUGAGGGGGUGCGCGUACGGCCUACGUAGACGUGACGUAAGCAUUGUAUGACACCUGGCGUAAGCAUCCGUGUUGUGAGUAACCCGGAGUGUUGUAGUGAGUGCAGCCUUCAUUUUGUGUAUCUGUGCUAUGCUGGUUUCACUUCCCGUGUCUCUUUGACAUGUUGCAUCGUGAUGUCAUUCAGUGUUUAUCAGGUGCGUUGCAGUGUUUUUUUUUCCCUUCGGGGUAAUGCUCAGGCCAUACGCACACCCAUUCAGAUGGGUGUGUUCAAAUCAUACAGAUCACAGACAACUAAUGUUUUUAAGCUAAAGGCAAGGAGACAAGCCAGGGGAGGACAGAUGUGUACUUUUUUUCUAUGACUAAACAUGUGUAUCUUAACUGUACUGAGCAGGGAGGGAGGCAUGGGCCAACUAGAAAACAGAGGAUGAGCUAUACUCUAGAGGAGGAUGAGGAGAGGCAGAAGAGAGGAAAGCAAAGAGAUUUCAACAUAGGAAAACUGUAUAUUUUUAUAUUUGCAAAGACCGCUCAGAGGAGAUUUUGGAAAUAAUCUUUUGUAUAUUUUAUAUAUGGGUGAGUUUAGUAGAGAGAUGGGGGGUCUAUAUGAAGAUGUUUUAACAACCGGGUAGAUUGAUAAAUUAUAUAUUUUGAAUUUAGAAGCAGUUCACAACCAUCCCGGUUGAGGGACAUUGAUCCUGAAGAGGUUUUUAAGAUUGACCCUUCUGAGGUCGUAAUAGAGAAUGUAUAAUGGUUGUAUCCAGGGAUAACAUGGCGAUGAGAGGAGAUGCAUCUUAGUAAAUGAUUGUGGACAUGAACAGGUCGAAGGUUAAAUAAACAUUGUAUAGUUUAAAUAGUGUUCUUGUGGGUUUGUUCAAGCACUUAAAAGGAAGUUUUUAUUUAUUUUAUUUUUUUCACUCCCAGCACCACCUCGACAUCAACAUAUGUGAAAAUGGCGUGUUUCUAUGUUUUGUAGUAAAAUAAAUAGUGGAAGGUAAGUGUUUCCAAUUAGAUCAUAAACCAGUUAGUAGGAAAUUAGCAGGCAAUACCUGCUCAUAAUUGGUUAAAAAUCACACGAUGCACACCUGAAGAUGUCAUUGGAGGAGACACUUAUCUUAGAAACACGCAAUUUUCACAUAUGUUUAUGUUGUUGUUGGGGUGGUGCCGGAGAGGAUGAAUAUGAAAAGUGGCGGAGUUGUUAUCUUCUCUUUGAUUCCUUUCUUGAAUGAAAUCUAUUUAAUUGUGUGUCUGGCAGUGAGAGAGAGAGAGAGAAUUUAUUGAAACGCUGCACUCAGUGAUCCAUCAUGAGAACAGCUGCAUACGCACUGAUGUUUGUGAAUAAAUAUUGGUCAAAUGUG